UCCGUCCAAAAUAUCUUCGAACUCCUAGGGACGAGCGAAGGAGCUGUACGGUUGUACCUUUGCCACCCAUCCACCCACCUCCGACUGCUGCUACCGCCGACCUCUCCCUGCCCGGAUUCCCUGCGUCUCUCUGCCUCACGAAUCAUCCAGGGGCCUCCGAACAAAGAUAAGACUUGUGAGACUUGCGGCGGAAAGUUCAAAGAUUGUCCUGGUCACUAUGGAUACUUGAAACUUGCGUUACCAGUUUACAAUGUUGGAUAUCUGCCGAUCAUUUUGGUCAUUUUGAAGUGUAUUUGCAAGGGUUGUUCUCGCAUUCUUCUCGAAGAAGAUGACCGCCGAUACUUCCUAAGAAAGAUGAGAAGUAUGAAGUUGGAUCAUUUGAAGAAGAGUGAGGUGCUAAAAGAAGUUAAUAAAAAGUGUAACGCCAUGACAGCAACUCACAAGAUGAAAUUAUGUUCCAGAUGCGGAUACAUCAAUGGAAUGGUAAAAAAGGUAUCUAUGAAGAUCACCCAUGAGUAUGGGAGCCUUUUGUUAGACGAGUGUCAUAAUGCUGUUGCUGGCAAGAAGGAUGUCAAGGGAUCAAUUAAUGUGCCCCCAGAACUCGAUUCAAAGACAAUUUACUCCCUCUUCAUGAGAAUGACAGAUGAGGACUGUGAAUUGCUUUAUCUCAAUGACAGGCCAGAAAAAUUUCUUGUUACAUGUAUUCCUGUGCCACCAAUGGCAAUCUGCCCAUCUGUCUUGUUGGAUGGAGUAAAAAGUGAAGAGAAUGACAUUACAGUGAGGCUGAAAUGGAUUAUCGAAGCAAAUUUAAGUCUUCAAGAAGAAAUAUCUAAUGGAAGCCAUCCUAGCAAAACUCUGGCAUGUCAUUAUUUUUAUGAGUUUCUCUCUUAUUCAAGGUCGACAUAAAUGGGCCUUAGGACAACACAGGAAGAUUCAUAUUCAAAAAUAAAAAGUAGGAGCACCAAGAGUUGCAACGAUGGAGAUUUAAAAUAUCCAUCAGACUGCAUAUGCAAACGGCAUCAAUGUGUUUUUCCUAUGACCUCACUAGUUUGAAAAACAUGUUCUGCUUUGGAACAACAGCCUAUCUGUGAACUCCAAUACUCUUGCUACAUCCUAUUAUCCAAAUUACAGGUAGUAUCAAGCAACUAACUAAUCUUGAUACUCGGCAAACUGGCUGUUCACUUAAAUUUAUAAACUUACCACGACACAAAAAUUAAACAUUACUAUUCGUACUUCUCUAUAUAGCAUUCCAGUGGAAUUCUUAGCUUGUUUUUACCUGGUACUAAAAUUAUUAUCUAUCGCACCCUUCAGGCCUGCACAUUCCUCUUAUGUUGUAUAUUCACAAAUUGAAUUUGUCAAAUUCUUUUAAUUUUCUAACUAAUAAGGAAUGAAAGAUAUUAAUGGUCAAACUUCUGCGUUGGCUAACGGAGGAAGCAUAAUUUUCCUUGUAAAAAGUUUGGCAACACAUUAUUUAUACAAUUGUAAAAAAAUGUUAUCAUUCUUCCUGUAUAUCACCACCACCUAAUAAGAAAAGAUUUGCAAACAGAAACUGAAUCUACAUACAAAAAGCAUUAUUAUAAGAAAUUGAAAGUUGCCAAUUCUAUUAAUUUAUCAGCUCUACCCACCAUAACAAACCUUCCCCUUGACCUGUAUGUUGACCCUCUACAAAACCAAGGAUGACCGUAAAACAAAAUCAAAAUUAUUAUAGCCAGAAGAAAAUCUAUAGUGAUGAUCUAUUUGCAGUUUGCAACCAAUAGAUGCCGAGCACGCUCUUACCUUUGCCUAACUUUGAACAUCCCGGUGCCCAUCUGCACUGGUAUGCCCGUGAUGAUGCAUUCACUGACUCCUUCAAUUUUGUCCUCUCAUCCAGUUAUAGAAGCACCGAAAAGGUGGUCCGAAGUCUUCUCAAAAGAGGCUAAUGUCAAUACACUAUCUUUCAUCUUCUGAAUACCAGAUCUAGUAUAUCCUAGUAUUUCACCCUGAAACAUUGAAGUUUAUAAGUAAGUUUCCAGAACUCUUGUCAUUGAAAACUAGAUCAAGAGUUCAAGACAAACCAGGAUACGAAUUUAUGAAUUAUGAGAUCCCUAAUCCCUAUUACCUUAAAUGUCAUCAGAUCAUCUAGAAGCAUCAUGUGACGUAAGUCUGUAGUCAUUCCAUGGCUCUUCAUGGUUUCAUUAAUCUCUUCAAUUAUACAACCUCUUGCAGCUUCUAUUCCUAGAACUUGAUUCACUUCCAUGAUGUGAUUACUUCUAGUUUUUCGUCCAUCAACUCCAACUGUGCCCAUAACAGCUUGAAGACCAGUCCUACAGAAUAUGCCGAACUAUAUAUUACUACCUCCGUCCCGCAAAGAAGUUCCCACUUUCCUUUUAUGGAUGUCCCAAAAAGAAGUUCUCAUGUCUAUAAAAGGAAACCCCUUUUAACCAAAAAGUCACAACUACCCUUACUUUUUACCCACUUUUUGUUUGAUUUGACAUAAAGUAGGGGUAUACUUGUAAAGUCAAAACAAAAUUUUCUACCUUACAUAAAUAUAUGUGUAGGUCAAACUAGGAACAUCUUUGCAGGACGGAGGGAGUAUGUUUUUGGAGGAGAAAAACUCAAGUAGUCAAGGACAGCAAAUAAAUGGAACUAUAUCUUCUGACAAAUAAGCUGUGUAUAUCACACACACUCACAGCUAUUAUGCACAGCUGAUACAAGCACACAUUAAUAGCUUCUUCAGUAUAAGGUUUUUAUGACGCUUCAGGUAAAUUGUUAAGCACCAGUAAUCCUCUCCUGAACAGAUCAAACUUCCAUAAUUUUCUUAUAAAAGACCACCACAUAUUAUUCUCUUUCUAUGAGUAAUUUUAUCACAAUGAUAAGAGUCAUGAGUGACAAAUGCUGUUUUUACUAGGUUUCAUUAAUUUUUCUUAUAAGAUCAUAGAAUAUUGAUGACUAGUGUGACUAGUAGUGUCUGCCAGGUUCAAGUAGUUUUUCUUAUUCAAAUAUUAAAAACCUAAACUUUUUCAAAUACACUCACAUUCAAGAAGGGAAAAGUGUAGAACAGAGUAACACAAAUGAGCACGACCCUAUGAAGAUCUUUCAAAGAUUAACAAUGAACCACAAUGAGAGCGUGUAUAUCAGAAAAUACAACAAUUCUUCAGGAUGUAGUAGGGGCAUUAAAAGAGGGUGUGAAAGUAUAUAGAUUAUACUUUAGGAUAUUAGAAUAUACUUCAGAAUAUUCUAGGAAUAUACUUUAGGAUAUUAUUAUUGUAUAGAAUCUUAUAUAGUUAUAUUCUAUUUGUAAUGUAUAUUUAUAGGGACUUACACAAGUAAUGAAAUACACAGAAAAACUUUCCUCCUCUCUUCAAUAUUAUAUUUUGUAGUUUAUAUUUCAACAUGGUAUCAGAGCCUUCCAUUUCAGUUUAGUUUUUUAGAUUUCAGUUCUUUAUUCAGGCUGAUUUCAGUUCAGUAUUCAGGCUGGGUUCUUUCUCCAAGAACUUGAGUUAACUUCAGAACCUUACACACCAUUUUCAGAACCUUACACACCAUUCUACCUCUACACACCAUUAAACAGAACCUCUGUCCAGACCCUCAUUCCAGAACAUCAAUACACCCUAACCAGAACCUUUGUCCAGGCCAACACCGUCCUAUUUCUGACCUCCGUCCUAACCAGUUGCACUUGCCGCCGCCGACAACGUCUUUGGAGUCCGCACCGGCAAAGCUUCGCGCGUCAGUCACACGCGCCGUCGAAGACUUUCGCGGCUGCCGCACGCGCCAGCGAGUGAAGCUUCAUAGCUGACCGGAUUUCUAAUCGGAAAUCGCCAUCUAGGUCGCCUGAGUAUUCUCUGCCAGGCAAAUCCAUUUUUCCGAUCUGCGAGCUUUUGGAUCCACGGUCUUCUCGAGGUUGGCGACGCGUAUACUUUUGGGAUUUGAGACUAGGUGAGCUGGCUCGAAUUAGAAAGGGGCUGCGUUAUAUUUUUGGAGUCGCCACAAUCAUUAGCUGGCAAGUCUUAAUUAGUUGUAUUUAUUUAUUUUUGGAGUCGCCACUAUCAUUAGCUAGUAAGUCUUAAUUAGCUGUAUUUAUUUAUUUAUUCUCGAAAAAAAGGGUAAAAAAAUAAAAAAAAACAAAAAAAAACAAAAUAAAAAAAAACAAACACACAAAAAAUGUCUUUUACGGGUCCAUUUGGCAGAGGAGUAAUAUGCCAUUACUGCAAGAAGCCCGGGCACUUGCUCAAAGAAUGUAGAAAGUUGCUGUUCAAAAAUCAAGGAAAUCAGCUUGCUCAUGUUGCUUCCGCUACGAGUUCAUUUGAUGGAUCAAUUGCUAUUUCUGCAGACGAGUAUGCCAAAUUUAUUUGCUACCAAGAAUCUCUAAAGCAUUCCUCUAUCCCUAUCUCGGUAGUCGCUAAUUCAGGUAUUUCAAGCACAUGCCUCGUUUCAUCAUCCUCGAAAUGGGUCAUUGACUCAGGUGCCACCGAUCAUAUUUCUAUCUCAGCGUAAAUAUGUACUUGAUUUACUAGCUGAAACAGGGAAAUUGGGAGCAAAGCCAAGCACAACUCCCAUGGUUCCUGACGUGCACUUUGUCGUGAGUGCACUCAAAAUAAAUUCAAUACUAACACUUACACGUAGUAUAGGUGAAGUAGAGUUCGUAUCCACAGGGAAAGGAAUAAUUCUCUUUUUAUGUAACUAGUAAAUAAAGGGGGGUUUUGAUUGAGAGAUUUAAUUUAAAUUUAAACACGAAGAUGAACGAG